AUGACAACGGAGGAGCUAAGCGCAGCGAUCGAAGCUACUAAAACGCAGGUCCAAGCUGCACUGGCAACAAGGCGAGAGCUCUCAGCGGCCAAGCAGCAAGCUCUCCAGCGGCAAAGGCUGCGCCGAGAGCUAGAUGAGCAGAGGGAGAUUCUCAAUGCCGAGCUGGACUACAAUGCAGACGAAGAGUAUUAUAGAGACCUCAUCGACCAGGACAGAUGUGGAGACCACCUACCUGCUUCAGGUCAAGGUCCUCCUCAUGAAAGCAAUAUGUGUGCAAACAGUGAGGAGGUUACGAGUUUCGGCAGCAAGGUUGCCAAAGGCGAGUACACAUGGAAACUUGCUGAAAUGUCUUGGCUCCGAUCCACCGUUCGAUAUGCAUCGGGCGGCUUCGUUAUGUCUGAAUGGUUUCAGGUGGGCGCAUGCAAGUGUCGGUUUUUCUACCAUCCUGACGGAGCAGAAAGUUUCGUGCUUCGCUACAGCAUUUAUGCCAAAAGUCGUGGCGGAGACUUCGUGCAAUGGGGCAAGACGCACGACGAAUUCAAAUCUCUUGGUUUGUGCCAAGCAUUUGGACCGGACGUGCAUCCAGACACAGAUGGAUCGCCUCCACCAACAAUGGGACUAUUCGGCCUGUCACAUGAUCAGCUCUUGCAGUCGGAGUGGGUCCACGAUGACGUUUUGACUUUGAAGUUCGUUUUGGAAGUCCGGCCACAAGGAAUGUAUUCGUCACAGGUGGUUGCCCGAGAGGUUGCCGGUGUUCCAGAUUCCACCCUGUGUCGCGACACACAGGCUUUACUCGAACAAGGUAGUUACAGCGACGUCGAGUUCAGGCUGCAGGGUGAAGUGAUCCGUGCGCAUUCACAAGUUCUCUGUGCGAGAUCGGAGGUGCUCAAGAAGCAGCUGAACUCAGGGAUGAAGGAGUCCAUGUCCAAGGUCAUCCUGAUCGAAGACUGCUCUGCGGCCACCUUCAAAGCCUUCUUAAGGUUUCUCUACACUGACACCCUGCCCAGUGCCGAGGACCUUGCAGCAGAGCCAUCGAGCCAGGCCUUGAAAGAAGAGGGUGGUCGGAUCACUUCACAGAUGGAGGCACUGUGGGCAGUCAGUCACAAGUACCAGGUGGAACGGCUUCAGCGGUGGUGCGAAGCACAGCUCUGCAAACAGCUCAGCGCAGAGCAAGUCUGCGGCGUUCUUCGCCAAGCCCAUGUUUUCGAGGCCACGCAGCUCGAGAAGGCUUGCCUAUCCUACAUCAAAGACAAUGCUGCACAGGUGCUCAAGCUGCAGGCCUACGCUGACCUUAUCAGCAACUGGCCUGAGGUUGCAUUGAAGAUUCACCUGUUUUCAACUGGUGUGCCAGAAGCCGAGGCGGCUGCAAUCGUUCAGGCGCGCAAGGUACGCAAGUUGGAAGAUGGGUUAUCAGCCGUAGUUAGCUCCGUAAUGGACAUCGUGCCGUUCACAACGGCCGCGGGCAACAACGGUGACGGUGGUGUUGGUGGCAGACAGGAGCAGGAAGCGAACCAGUACUUCGUGCAUUUGUUGCAGGAGAAUACUCAGGUGAACUUGUUCGUGAAUGACCCCCGCAUUCAAAGUGCCUUGGAGCUUCGCGCGGAACAAAGACAUCGAUUUGUAUUGGACAACGUUUAUGCCGAAGCCAACGCAUACAUUGCACACCUAGAGGCAACAGCGGAUGCGAAUCAUCGUCAACAGCUAGCAUUUGUGAGCCAAUCCACACACCUGUUGGUGGGACAGCUACACAAUGAAGUACGAGUGCUAGAGACAAUCGCCCGAGCAGAACGACAAUCAGCCAAUGAGCUGCAGGCACAGCUGGCACGCGCACAAAGGGAAAGUCAUGAUGAAAGGUCUAUGGCCAUGCAGUUUGAUGCACAUCGGUCCGAGCUGGAAGCAGCAGCGCGCACGCUCACUGCGGAAAACAGACAGCAUGAACGCCGUUUCGCGGAAUUGCGCUCGAGUAUCGAAGAAAACCACAGUGAGAUGAUUGCCUUUUUAGGGUCUGAGUUUGAGGAAAAGCUUCAAUGGGAAGAGAAUGAGUACUACCAUAGGCUAACCUCUGAGGCACAGCAGUACGAUAGCUUGGUUGAUGACCUGCAGGACAGGAACGCGGAGCUUAUAGCUGAGGUCGACUCACUCAGGACUGUCUUGUCGACAGCGGAGAGUAGCCCACCGCAAGGUGGUGCCGUGCCGGUGAAAGUCGAUCCCAGUGAGAGCUCCAAGCUUCAACCAAGCCCACCGCAAGGUGGUGCCGCAGCGGAGAUUCCUGUGUCGCUUCGGACGGUUUUGGGAAGGACCCAACGGUAUGACAUUGGUGAGCCUGAGGAUUCCAAGGCCCACAAUGUAGCGGACAAGCCCUGCUACGCUUUCCAGCGUGGGAAGUGUGGAGGUAAAGGCGGUAAAGGUGGGGAGAAGAAGGACACCUCCAAGAUUCCUUGCAUCUUUUUCCCCAAAGGCACCUGCAAGAACGGUAAGAAUUGCCCAUUCAUGCACAAGGAUGCCGCUCCCUCUGUCCCGGCCAAAGGCGAUAAGGCUGGCAAGGACGGGAAGAGAUCGCCCUCCGGCAAGCGCAGGCGACCCAGUAAGAAAAGGCCAAAGAGUGAGGACAAGCCAGCCGCUUGCUGUCUUUCCCUCACAGCCACCCUCACGGGUGAGUCAUCGGCCGAUGCUGGGAAAGCCUACGCAGUAGCAGCCCGCAAGGGCCCUGCCGGAAAGCCCCGAAGCAGAAAGGUCCAGUUCCUAAGGCCAGAAAUCAUUGACAUCCCGCCUGAAGGUGAAGGCUGGAGCUUCGUACCAGACAAGCACAAGUUCGAAUUCAGGUACAAGUCUGCGGAGCUAUGCCCACCAUCAAUUCCAGAGGACACCGAAGAAGCUUUGCAGAAUGCCCGACCAUUGAUGGCAUGCCUAGCGGCAAAGUCCUCAGAAUCUGAUGGCAGUAAGGUUGCACCGACCUCUGUCAAGUCCGGUCCAGCUGGCGCGGCAGAAGAUCCCAUCGAAAAGAUGGCGAAGUGCAUUCCUCCCAUUCCUGGGGUGGAAACGAGACAACUGCUAAAGGCAGGUUGGACUGUCAUCAACGGCAGCCCCGAUGACGUGUGGUCUUUGUUGGAGGAUUCAGUCAAUAUUGACGAAUUGGACGGAAUCUAUGGGGAAGCGCAAGCCGACAGCGAUGUCGAGCCAUACACAAUGCCAAAGUCUAAGAAGGACGAACAACUUAGCGAAGACCUGGAUGAAAUGUUCCCAGAGCUAUUUGGUCCUGAUCGUGAUAAAGAUCCUCCGCCGAAGGACGCGAAAGAAGCCACCCGCAAGGGUGAGUCAAAGUCUGAUUCCCGUGCAGCAUUGCUUGAUGAUGUUCCGUUCUCUGUGAAGCAGAAGCUGAAGUCCAGCGCAGCAGUAGCAGCGCAAGAACCACCGUAUGGUUAUACGUGGAGUGGGGAAUGUUUGGUCAAGAAGAACAACAAGAACCGCCCUGACGCUAUUGAUCAUACUGCAUGGAAGUCUAUGUCGAAAAGACAAAGGGCAACAGCAAUUGCAGAACAUGAGAAGAAGCUACAUGAGGAGAAUGAGGCACUGUAUCGUGAAGCUGUAAAGGUGGAUUGGUGGGACGGCGAAACCUACUUCGACCUCGCAGGCCGGGAACAGUCUGAUUUCGAGCUGGCAGUUGCAGCUGCCCGCAAGGGCAAGCCGGUUCGUAACAAGUCUGAGGCUAAAAAGGAGGCGAAGCAGAGCAAGUUUGUUACCUUGUCGCAAGACGUUAAAGAGAAGCCCGGUGCUAUGACCAAGCCAGUCACUCGCAUCACGUACGAUAUGAAGGACUUUCUCGACUCUUGUGUUGAUCGGUACUGCGAGCUUGCUAAGGUAGAGCGUAAGACCCUGAAACCAGCUGCAACUCCCUUCCAUGAGCUACGUGUGGCUUUGCCAACAGCUUCCGAAGGAGAGAAGGUUGGGCAUUUCAAGCUACUGAAUGUUGGUACAGCCGAACAAGUGGCGGAUGUGUUCACGAAGCCUUUCACUGAAAAGAACAAGUGGACGCAUGCCUUGAAGCUUAUUGGACAUACAACCAGCGCGAACGUAGCCGGGUGCAAACCCGAGUCGAAGGUCGAGGUCGACAACAAGGUUUCGGUAGCAGCAGCUCCGGAUGCAUCAAAGGUUGUCGAGGACUUCGCUAAACAAUCGUUCGAGGCUAACGAUUACAGCUUCAAGACCUUCGAGAAGCUAGCCCGCAUCCACACGGAUAAGUACAAUCAGAAAGAAUCGUACAACCUGACGUUCUCCUUCGCUGGUUCUGAUCUUCUCGACUUGCCCGAAGCGACUUCUACGAUCCCCAAGAUGGCAGCCAUCGUUGUGAGCGACGAGUUCUGCAGGGUCAACACCUCCGAAGCAGACAGGGCUGGAGUUACCAAGGCCAUGAAAACCAUUCUCCAAUCCGCCGCCCUCAACAACGAUAUCAUUUCGCUCGGCGCCGAUCAUGAGAGCCAGCUCUUGGAGUCGGCGUACAGCUGCGUAUCCACACAAUGCGCGGCUGGGGUAUCCUUGACCCAUGCCGACGCAACCUGUGUGGCUCUGCGCCAGAUGGCUGACCUCAGUGACGAGGGACUCGCCAAGUUGAAGCCAACCGCAAGGUUGAGCCCCAAGGCCAAGCGAGCCAUCAUAGUCGUGUCAGACAGCUCCACUGCACUUUGCAAGAAGAACAGGCGGGGAGUGUUCGUCAAGGCCGACUUGGAUGCGGAAGUGAACAUCGCAAGCACGACGCUGGGAUGGACACAGACUCGCUACACCAUGUGUUGGGGCAAAACCUUGGCGUGGAUUGUCUGGCAGGUCGAGGAGCAUGUGAAGGAGCUCCGGAGCAACUAUCCGGACCACACCAUCGACGUGAUCUGCUGGUGGUGCGGGAACGAGAUCUCCGGCCAGUGGGGCUGCAUCCCCACGCGGCUAGGACCGGGACUCGCCUACAGAGAUCCCAAUGUCACAACGGAGACCGUCGCACGGAAAGUGAGAAGGGCAGCGGACGUUUUAGCCGCCCUCGCGGGCGAGCCGGACAUUGGUUUUGUGAAGGUGAUUGGGCAGGUGGAGGCGGACUUGUUCCAACUCCACUCAGCCUACAACGACUUCAAUGCCGCUAUGUUCGAAGAGUUCAGGCAGCGCGGUCUGCAAGUGCAAACCGCGAGCUCCUUGGUCGAAAAGCUGGAAAUGUAUGACAGCUUUCACGCCAGUGAAGACCCUCGCAACCGCGAGUUAUUCCAGACCUACUUGCAUGCGACUUUCAAUGCAAGCAGGAGCGAAUGGCUUGCCCAGAAGAUGACACCCUGUGUCAGGGCUUUGCUUGUUCGCUAUGAGCACUUUGAGACUGGCUCCGGUGCCAACAAUCCAGUGCUCCAGGAUGUCUUCAAGCAGUGGCGUGCGGAGAAGGACCAGCUCAUGAACCCGAAACAGGCAAAGCCAAUGCCGGUCACCCAGGAGGACAAGAUGUGGGAAGCCCCAGAUGCCGCUGACGCAACCGACGUCACUAAGAUCUCCGAGGGGCCACCCAUGGAUAAAGCCAUCCGCAAGGAUGUGCCAAGGAUCGGUGCAACCACUGAUGUUAGUGCUGUUGCGGAGUGCGUCAAUGACAUUGUCACCCAGGACGCAGACGGUAAGGUGUCCUACAAUACCCCGGGCACGGUGGAACUGGUGGAUGAGGGCGACCAAGUCGACCCCAUCCCAUCAUCGAUUGGACGUGUUGUUGAGCCAGCGCCUCCCAAGAAGACUAAGAAGUCUGACCGAGAUGAGGAUGCCAUGCGAAGGCUCAUGUUCAUUGAUGAAAGCGCCCCGCAAGGGGCUGCCACUGUGCCAGAGCUUCCGAAUGAGUACUUCUACAACGGCAAGAAGCACUUGAUGAAGCCCUUCAAUCCGGAGGACAUUGUGGGAGACAGGCACGUGACGUUCAAACACGGUGACCUGAAGUUCCUCACCAAGCUGCUGCGUGGCCAUGAAAUGGACGACUUCCCUGCAUUGAUCUUUGACCGUGGGUGCUGGGCAGACGUUGACACUCUGCUCCAGGUCUUCAACACGGCACGGAACGCACGCUGGGGUGUGAGGCAGCUGCUACGCGCAGCGAAAGCCGAUAACAAGGGACGGAUCAGACUUUUGGGCAUUGAUGUCCCCAUGAAGGACACCCUGGGUCAGCCGCUAUUCCCUGUCCGGGUGAGGAUGGCCCAAGGGCACAACUCCAAGCUCAUCGGCAAUAACCCGGACGCGGACUUCUUCCUCGCGACCAGGUUCUACAGCGGAUUGUCCGAGUACGAGGCCGACCUGCAGAGCAGCGUCAGGGGGGUCACUGUGCUCUCCCGCGAGGAUACCCCCCCGAAGCUCUUCCACCGCGCGAAUGAAAAGGGAAUGAAGGGGAUCCUCCGCGAUGGCAUGAUCGCCGGCUCCGCAAGGUCAGACAGGUCCCACAACUACCUGUCCCCGUACAAGUUGGACGACACCCACUACAAGAGUGGAAUGCGCUCCAACCAGCCGAUCGAGCUGACGAUAGACACGCAGCGAGCAAUCGCCGCUGGAUGCGUUUUCUUCGUCACGGAGACCGACGGCGUCCUCACACGGGACAAUGUGCCUCCCGAUUGCGUGCUGUCCGCCGUCGACACCAGCAACAAGAACCUCCCGCUCUAUGUCGCCGAGCACAAAGAAGCCGCCCGCGAGGGUGAGCCAGAGCGCAUUUUCCGCGCCAAGCGCGACUAUGAGGAGGCCGCAGCAGCAAGCUCAUCAUCGGCACCGCCCCCAAAACAGGCGGCUAUCGCUCCCAAAGCGAUUGCUUCAAAGAAGAUGCCGAAGGUGGUUCCCAAGCCCUCCGCAAUCGCCGAAAAAGACGAAAGCAUGGACUUGGAUGAAGCCACCCGCGAGGGUGAGCCUGCUGAUGCUGCUGGUGCAUUCGACCUUGACGAAACCAAGGUUGAGGUUGAGGUUGAAGUCGAUGAAGGCGAUACAACGGAUGCGGGUGAGGAUGAGCCAUACCCACUUGGCUCACACCCAUGCCGCGAGUGCGCAGCAGUCGUUGCCAAUGGCAUGCUGUUCUGCCUCCGUUGCAAGGCUCCACAGACGGAUGAUUCUAAGAAGAUCACAAAGCGAGUCUUUUUCGGAAUUCGAGACUUCGCCAGCCUGGGCGAGGGACCAAAGAAACGUGGUCAGAUGAGCGCAGAGGCUGCCGCCAUUCGUGACGCCAAAGACCGAAAGAUCAGGGCCGCCAAGUUGAACUUUGACACCGUGUCCGACCGCUUCGAGAAGGACGCGCAGUUCAACGUGAGGAUGAUGCAAGAGGGCCGCAACUUCGAGGACAUGCAGAAAUUCGAUCACCUGUCGAAUGCUGUGCUUCCCGAUCCAGGACGCAGCGAGGAGCAGCGCUACUUGCGCGCCGGCUCCCAUUAUGGUGGUGGCAAUGUCCCGCCAGCGAAGUUGGUCUACUAUGCCCACUGCGAAGUGGAGCCGUUGAGGAACUUGCGGUUUAUCGACGAUACCGCGGAUGUCCCCAUCGGCUUGACCUACCUCGGUGCAUUCCUCCCUCCGCGACUUUAUGCUGAGGUGGCAGCAGUGAAUGAUGCUGCGAAAAGGAUCCUGACUUUCGACGGCGAGGUCUAUGUGUCGGCUACCACAACUGAAGGCAUCACAACUGAAAUCGGGCAGAUUCUUACCGAUAGCCUCCGUAGUGCUCAGAACCAGACAGACCAAACGGAGCGUCUGGCAGAGCGCAAUCGCCAGGCCGCAGUCCAGAACCCCCCAUCCCAAAAGGGACGUGGUCGCACGACAGCACCUGAGCCAAUGUACAGAGGCUAUACUCAGGCCCAGUGGGACGAGUACUAUCGCCAGCGUCGUGGAGGUUACACUCAGGCCGAGUGGGAUGCAUGGAACCGCACCCAUAGGCGCUGA